AUGUAUUGUAUGAAUGAAUCAUUUAUCAAGAAUGAAUUUGCAGGAGUAAAUGCAAAUAAUUUGCAAUUUUAUCGGCGCGGUAUCACGCAUCCAUUCAAAUGGUUUUGUUUGCCAGGAUUUCUCAAUCAUGGUGUUCUUAUUGUGGGAUACGGUGUGGAAUUCAAUAAACCAUAUUGGAUUAUCAAAAACAGUUGGGGCGAAAAAUGGGGCGAAAAUGGUUACUAUCGUAUGUAUCGUGGCAAAAAUGUUUGCGGAAUCAAUGAAAUGGCAACAAGUGCAAUUACUUAUUAA